ACGAAAAUGAGACAAAAAUAAAAUGAGACGAGCGGAAUGUGGCAAAAUGUACUCUUGUUGACAAUCGUAAAUCGUAAACUGUGUCGAGCGAACCAUGUUUUUUAAGAAUUUUUAAUUGCAUUGAGAACAUACAAUAAUGAAUAUUCUUCCCCAUAAAAGUUGGCAUGUUCGCACGAAGAAGAACAUUGCCCGUGUCCGGAAGGACGAAGCACAGGCGGCCGAAGAAGAAAAAGAACGUCAGCGAAAGAUUGCCCUUGCCGGUCAAGAAGCGAGAACAGCACUUUUACGACAACGUGCAAGUGAACGAUUAACGUCCGCAUCGGAAGCUGCGCCAAUUGCGACAAGUACGGAAGAUCGCUCAAUAACACUCGCCCCCGUUAACGACAUCGUCCAAAGUGAUGGACACGUAAACUUUUUCGUCGACGUGGAAGAGGGCCGACGUCAAGGAGGGGUGAAUAAGGAGGCAGAAGCAGAAAAGAAACAAGAGCAGGAAGAUUAUGAGAAGAAGAUUGGUUAUCUAGUCUAUUUAGGUCAAGAUUCACACGAAUCCAGUAAAACUCGUCCCUGGUACGCCAACAUUGAGAGAGGAACUGCGUCUGAGCCCAAAGUGAAGGAAACUUUUGAAAAAAUCAAAAAUUUCGAGAACAGCGGAUUCCUCCAAGGAACCACCAGCAAGAAUUGUGAUCUCACUCCUGACGAACUUAAAUUAGCAAAAUUUAAAAGUUUCCAAGACCCACUCAGCGAUAUUAGGAAAUACUUAAAAACGCCAGGCGUUGCCCAAAAGUUGGAACAAAUCAACAAGAAAACCAAAGCCCUUAAACGCAAGAGAUCCCCGUCACCACCACCAACAUCCUCGCAUAGCAAGAAAUCAAAAAAACACAAGACUGACAAAUCUAAGAAGAAGUCGUCAAAAAAGUCUAAACACAAAUCGCACCAUAAAGAUAAGAAACAUAAAAGAAAGCAUUCAUCAAGCUCAACAAAAUUAAAAUCUUCGUCCUCAUCAUCAUCUGGUGAAGAAGAGACCUCAGAAGACGAAAUAAAACGUAUCAACUUGGAAAAGUUGCGAGCCGAAAGACUUCAACGGGAGCGUGAAGAGCGUCGACGGACGGAACAAUUGAUGGCGAAAUUACGUGGCGAAAAACCUCCGGAAGAGCUGGAGAAGGAGAAAGCCGCAAUCGCAGAAGCAGAACGAGAUGGAGGGUUCACGACAGGAACACGAGUCAAACAAAAGUAUAAUUCACAAUUUAAUCCAGACCUUGCCCGUCAAAAUUAUUAGUUCUUAAAUUGUUACACAUUUUUUAGAAAAUUUUUUAAAUAUAUUAUUUUUUAUUCCCAUCA